GCCUGCCUUAAAGUGUUGCGUUUGAGUGUACUCGGAAGCGGCGAACCUUUACCACAUUUGGUUAAUUAUUCGGUUCUUAGAAAAAAAAAACAGCGGUCUUGCUUUGAAAUGUAUUUACAAUGAUAACUAUAGAAAUGGGAAAAGUUAAAGUAUUAUAAAGGUGGAAUAAAGCUCCCAAGUACGUAAAAGCACAUUUGCAACAUUAUUAUACUGUAUACGCGUUUUAUGCAUUGUGAUUUAUUUAUUAUAUUUGGUCUUACGUGUCUUUAUACAAAUAGUUAACCUGAUUUUUGUCAUAUUCAGUCAUUCGAUUUUCAGCGAAGUUUCCAAGAGAAGCGGGAUGUCCGUUUGUACCUGAAGGCACCGGGACGACGAGCAGGUAGAGUGACAAUGAGAUCCCAGGGGAGCGACAGAGUCCUGGAGAUAAACUUUUAAGGCGGUGUCAUAACUGUACACGCCGUCUGUCCACGCUCUCGUCUUCAAUCGGGAACUAAAUGGAGGCUGGGGAACUUUUACAUGAAACCUUCUGCACGCUUUCGUCCUCGAGCUCGUGCGCAUUUUUCAAUAUACUGCGAUUCAUUUUCCGUCGGGGUUCCUUGAAGUCUCGGAUCUAAGUUUUUUUCUUCAAAGCUGCACAUUUUUUAGAUAAAGGAGUAAGAUCUUUAUUUUAUAUAGUUUUCUAUUAUUAAAGGUGUUUACGCGCGGAUUGAGCGCAGUUGACAGAGUUCAGUCGCGACUCUGUCUGUCUUAUUACAAAGUAAUAAGUGAAGCUGCGCUCGGUUUUCACUUUAAAAAGAGGGGAAUGGAGUUGAAGAGGAUAUGCUUUGGUCGUUCUUCGUGAAAAAGCUCUUACACAACCCUCGCAUGUGUUCGCCCGCGCGCCUCUGAUCUGACCGGCGGCAACCUGUGGCCCGUUCUUUGAAGUUCAAUUCAUCGCUCCCACCGAGGAUUUACCGCCGGUCUGCGGAGCCCCGGAGCCCCGGAGCCGGCCUCUGUCGACGCCUGAUGCGGGAAGGGUCACGCAGCAGCACGGAGACAAACACGGUCCACAAAGCUCCCUGAACUCCUUGUUGCGCCUCGGUUCGGGUCCACCAGCCCUCACACUAUGACACUGGAUCCUAGCUCAUUAGAGCCCGUCUUAUCACGGAACAUCUCCUCUUCCGAGCAUUAACUCUGGUGCUGGAUGGAAGUUCUGGGACCUUGGGGUUCUUCUGGAGGAUCUCCGGUCCUGAAGAUUUUGGAUUAUAUCAGUAAAGUAGUCCAUUCGAGGGGAAACUGAAGUGCGUGCACCUGCGCGCACGCGUCCUCGACCCCCCCCCCCCCCCAUUUUUUUUUCUUCUUCUUCUUUUUUUUUUUUUUUAACCCGCAGUGCUCGCCUGCUUUGAAGUCCACCAUGUGCGGCCGGGCACCGCCGCCACAGCCGAGGCCAUGACCGUCCACCCGCGGCGCCUGGCCGGGCUCUGGCCGUGGCUGCUCAUGGCGGCCCUGCAGGUGGUGCUGGGCCAGCCGGGCCUGGAGUCCGAGCACCCGCUCCUCCGAGCGCUCAUCAAGGUGACUCUGCUGAAGCACGAGGCCACGGGGAAGCCCAUCGUCGUGGAGGGACUAUUCGUGGGAGGUAGCGCCGGGAAAGCGGAGGGAAGACUGAUGCAGUAUCACCCUCUGUCCCUGUGCAACACAAGCGAGGAUGAGCGACAAGAUGGCGACUUCAUCACCAUCGUCAAGCUGGAGCACAGGGUGCCCCGCUGCCUGCCGCUGCUCGACAAGGCCCGCAUGGCAUUGGAUAAAGGAGCUCAGGCUGUUAUCUUUGAUGUCAGCGAUGACGCCAACGCCGCUGCCGAGCUGCGGGAAGCAAACUCCUUUUCCCGUCCGGUGGUGCUGGUGGAGGCUCAGGGUGCUGAGGACCUGAUGGGUUUGGUCAACAAGAACGAGGAGGCCAAUGUUGUUAUUGAAAUCAAAGUGGAACCUAAGUGGCUCCAUUAUGACGUGAGCAUCCUGCUUACCAUCAUCCUGGUCAUUUUUACUAUCGUCCUGAUCUUUGUUUUCCGCUACAAGUGCAAGUCCAACAGAACCUGGGAUUCUGUCCACCAGCAGACAGUUCAGGCUAUCAACCGGCUGGAGACAAAAACCUACAGCACUCAGAACUGUUCUGGCUCACAGCGCCACCGGGGGGCCUGGGGAUCGGCCAGCAGCUCCAACUCCAGCCCCGUCUGUGCCAUCUGCCUGGAGGAAUUCCAGGAUGGACAGCAUCUUAGGAUCAUCUCCUGUGCUCAUGAGUUCCAUAAGGCCUGUGUGGACCCGUGGCUGCUGCAGCACCGGACAUGCCCUCUCUGCAUGCACAACAUCAUGGGAACCGAGCGCCAGGCUCAGAGGAACAGAGCCCAGCAGAACUCAGAGCAAAGCCAGGGCUUCCUGCACUCUCAGCCUUACAGUAACCCUCAGCACCACCCCUUUCCCCAACAUGCCAUCCCCUUCUCCAUGAGGCCCCUUUACCCCCACGGGCUCUCUGGACCUUAUCCUAAUCUGGGCCACUACAGCGGCUCCUCUCCUAUGGACACUCAGACUCUACAUUUCCUCAGCAGUAGGCAGCUGGGUGCAGGCUGUGGAUACCACCACCCUGCAGAGGUUCCUGGGAGGCCGCACAGAACUGGAGGCAGCUGCAGGACCCCCACUCACCACUACACCCCUCGGCGGUCCUGCCACAACUACCGCUCCUUCUGUCCAGCUCAACGCAGUGCAUCAAGCUCCAGACUGCAACACGCCAUCUCUGUCACACCUCAGAGCAGGGGGGUGGCAGCCCGCAGCCGGCAGGACGAGGCCAGCUGUUCAGGGGGCAGCUACCACACAGACCGGAGUGGGUACUUUCCCGAUGGGCCGGCCAGUGACUCCAGCUCAGGACCCUGCCACGGCUCUUCCAGCGAUUCAGUUCUCAACUGUACUGAUGUCUCUCUGCAGGGAGUUUAUGGGAGUUGGUCCACCUUCCGCAGUUCUCUGAGUAGCGACUAUGACCCUUUUGUGUAUUACGGGCCGGGUGCUGGGCGGCUUCCGAACACAAACAGCCCUGAGGUGAGUUCUCAGGUCCGGCCCAGGUCUCUGGAUUCUGUGGUGAACAAGGCCGGCUCUCCUGAAGAGCAGCCACAGACUGUUUCCAUCCACUACCACCGGCACCGACACCACCACUACGAGGAGGGGGAACACAGCCAGGGCCCGAACAGAGGCUCCGAUGAGGAGCAGGGGGCUGGCGCUGCUGCUGCAGCACCUCUCUCUGCCCUCAUCAGGGACAAAGACUCUCCUGUGUGUCCCCCAAAGAACAGCUCAUGCCACUGCCUCAAACCAGAACCCACUGGUGGGCUUAGUCCUGGGACUGAAUGUCAGGACCAUGACCCCAACUGCCCCUCGGUACCUCCUGUCCUUGUGUCCCCAAUCCCUCUAAAGCUUCAGUCCCACUGCUGCCACCAGAGUCACGGACACCUCCAUGCUCCUCAGGGGCGGUUGGGGGGCUGUCUGCUCGAUGGUCCCUCUGUCCACUUCCACCAGAGCUUAGAUCUGCAGGAUGACCGCAACAUCCACAUCCACUACGGCGAGGGUCCAAGCUUCUGCUGCUCCCCCCCUGAGCUGCACCCUGCCCUGCUCCCUGUGCCUCUCAUUCUGGACUCUGGAGGAAUGGAGGACUGGCCGUGCUGUGCAGGAACGCAUGUUGUGUGGCAGAAACAGGUGCAGCAAGCCCACUCAGAGCCUCAGCUUGUGGGGGCUGGGAUCCCUAUGGACAGAACGCCAUGUAGGUUCCACCAGGGGCCGGCUGGCGACCACAGCACAGACUUUUGUUCAUACUUCCCAUCAUUACACAGCAAUCAGGGAUCAGAGGAGGAGUCUGGGGUGUAAUGGCUCCCGCUGCCACACAGGAGUCCGAGCGGAAAAGCCUCUCCUCGGAUCGCAUUUCUUCUUGGAAUUCCAGCAGCAAUUGUUCUGACGGCGUCUCAGCUGUCCGCAGAAGAUCUCCGAUUGCCAAGAUAAAAAUCUUUAUUUUGGAGUAACCCUAAACCUUCUGCGAUAUCUGAUAAGAGUUCACACUUAAUGAUUUGCUGGUGUGAAAGACGCAGUGUUUAAUGGGGAAACAACUGUUGCAUCUCAUCUGGGGGAGCACUCACCAGAUUCCCAUGCUCCCUGGUUUGGGCUGGCAAACGAUCUUUGCGUACGGUGUUCAUCCUGCAUGAAGUGAGACUCCUGUCUCUGCGUCACACUCUGUAAAAUAACUUGAUUAAGGGUAAAGGUACGUCAUAUUUGUUUGCGUGAUGUUUGCCUUCCUCCUGAGGCCAGCUUCGGCUAAGAACUGCUUUUCUCUCCAGCCUACCUCAGCUCAGAUUUGAAUCCCCCUCCCACAGGGGAGCCUUCAAAGGUACUGCUGUAGUGAUUUCUUUCUCUCCCAAACAUGUAGCACCCUUAUACUCAGCAAAAAGGAACCACGUCAGCCUAGUUUGUACAAACGGAGAGAAAAAGAUUCAUGUGUCGCUUCCAAAGCAACCAUCCAUCUCUCGGGUUGUUGAUCCCUUUGGGGGCUUGUUUUCAUUAUUUCAAUAAUGGCAGCUGUUUUGUUUCUGUUUGUUUUAUAGAAUUUUUUUUUCACUUUUCUAAAAACCUGGUCUGACUGAAUAAUGUUGUUGAAAGCUAUACCUUAUGUCAUAUUUCUUCCCGUGGAACAGUGGUCUCUUCAGAAGGAUGACAGCCAUACCCCCAUUUCCCAAAAGUGUUCAUUAAAGUGGCCUUCACAUAAAUAGCGCUUUAUCCGUUGAGUCAUGCCGGAGGGUUGAUCAAAUCAAUCCUAAAAAAAAAAAAUGAGAUGAAAGUUGUGCCAUGAAAGCUGGGCUUUUUCUGCCUUACAGACUGAAUAAGCUGAGAUCAGAUACAAGGAUUCUGUUUGAUUUGCCUCAGAGAAAAUGUGAAGACCCUUUAAGUGGCAGUCAGACUGCAGCGGGCGCAAGGCGGCAGUGUAACCCAGUAGCACUUACUCAACCCUUCACAGGAUGUGCCUUAUUCACUCAGACUAAAUCAGGAAGCUCCCAACACACCGCUCUUACCUGUUGAACCAAAGAAACAAAUGUGUGUGUGUGUGUGUGUGCCGUGCCUUUGUUUCCUGCUCUGCCUUGUCCUUUGAGCCUGUCACUAAUAGUACACUAACAUGCUAAAAUGAAAGUGCAAACAUUUUGCUGAGGGUCUUGUGGAAGCUGCUUCUGCAGUCUGUCUUUCUCAUACCUCACUCUAAAUCUUCAGCUACAGCAUGAGGGCCUCUUUUUUAUUUUUUUUAUUCCCAUACAGUCCCAAAAACUCAAAUAGACAUGACUGAAUAUUAGCAGCACUUUGGCUCCAGAUUUUUUUUAAUAAAAGGAAAAAAGAAAUCAUGUAAUAUUAUUGUAAACAACCCCCCCCCAAAAAAAAAAAAUAAAUAAAAAAAAUCAG